AUGUCAAAGAAAUUGUACAACCAAUUUCUUGAAGAUUAUAUUUCUACAGUACUUUAUCAAAGCCACAUUUAUCCUGAUUAUUGUUUUAAAAGAAUACAACUACAAGAAACCAUUGUAGUUUAUCGUCCAAUUUCGCUUUUAUUAGAACAAUAUAUAAAAAAAGUAGUUUCAUUAUUACCACAAUUUCAAGCAUUAAAAAUUCAAAUUCAAAAAUUACCUACAUUGAAUCCAAUUUAUGAAUGGUUUUUGCUAAAUACUUUUUCAAUAGAAGAUUCAAGUUCUGUUUUUGAAUCACUUCUUCAUCAACAAGUUAUUUGUGAUUAUGGAACUGUAACUUUUCAAAUCUCAGCAUUAACUCACCAAUCAAAUUCAAAAUGGAAACCACAAGAAGUAGAAUUUUUUGGUGAUACACAAACAUUACAACCUAUUAAUGAAUUAGGAUGUUGUGUUUUGUUUAGACAUUUCUGA